UUAACACUACUCAAUUAGGAGCGUGGUAGGAACUAGAAAAUUGGAAUUGGAAGUUGCGAUUUGCAAGCACAUGCUAUGGAGAACAUUCCAGAAUCUUCAUCCAAAGGGACGAAACGACGACGAGAUGAAGAUUCGGAUGGCGGAAACAGCUCCUCACUCGAGGACGAUCUUAUAUUCACCGACACGCUCGUUGCGCUUCGAAUCAUGCGAGCUCAGUUCCCCCCUAUUCACAAGGGUUCGGUUGAGCCUUUUAUACUAAAGUCGCAAUUGUAUAGCAGUGUCAAGGACAGAACGCAAGUCGACAGGGAAUUAGAGUCUCUAAGGAGGGACAAAGUGCUGCGGCUUUUCAAAUUAAAUACUGGACAAGAUGAUCAUGCCAUAAUGUUUUUGGAUGAUUACCUAAACCAGAUAGAUCAUGUUGUGAAAAGAAUGGAAGGGAAGAAAGGAGGGGAAUGUGAAGUUUUUGGGUGGUUCAAGAUUCAUGUUCUAGACUCAAAGCUGGAAACUGGCAUUGAACAUCAGGAGCUUUGCUCACUCUUGUCACUUGGGGGAAAGGUGAAGGACAGUCACAUCUCCCUUCUAAUUAAUGCUGGCAUCCUUACUAGGCAACUUAUUGAUCCAAACAAGUAUUGGUUUGCAAUUCCAAAUAUUGGCUCACUUCUUAAGGGUCUUGUUCAGGGAAGAAAGGAAGUUAUCUCACUUCUCAGCCGUCGUAGAUAUAACGAGAUGAUGAUGGCCUCUUUGGAAAAGAAGCGUCUUCGAAUGUCUUCACUUGAUAUGAGAUUUCAUCUUCGUGAUUUGAUUGGUUCUGGUUAUCUCAGAACUGAUCAGACUCCAACUGGUUUAAUCAUUAGAGUCUCAAAAGAUUAGAGAUCCAGGAAGUCCUAGAUGUUUGCAUUUCUUUGUAAUACAAACACGCUUGAAAUGUCCUUUUGCUGCUGAUUUCAAGAAGAGGUGCUUUGAAUGUGUAAUGGUUUAUAUCACUUCAAAUGGUUGUCUUCUUUGUGAAAUGACAACCUGUUAUAUCUUGGUUGAUCAAGAAAACAAGCUUCGGACAUUUGGCACCACUUUCACAACAUAUCAACGUGUAACAAUUGAAAUUGAUGGUACUCCUAGCUGGCCGAAAUCAUGUGACUAGGUUUUUGUGCUUUCAUAACUUCUAUUUAAUGUAGUUCCAUUGUUAAUUUAAUUGGUAUGAUUCAUAGUUUGCACUAGUUUUUUUCAAAGGAAAAAACAAAAGAGACCCCCCUGUUUGUAUUUUGUACGUGUCAUUCACAAUGUAAUUUAUUUUUAAAAUACCCAUUUAAUCAAAUAAAAUGCAGAUAAUGCUAGCUUGGCAUAGAUACUU